AUGCCGUUUUUCACACAGCUUCGUCGUCGGUCCCGGGCCAGCUUUCGUACCAACAGAUCCGCCGAGUCGAAAUCCAACGAGUCGCAGUCCAAUGGAGAGAUGACAUCCGGUAAAUCCUCCUCAACGCUUGAGACGGCCUCCUACAGCUCGGUCACCCCGCCGUCUUCCAUCAAACCUACCGCUUCGUCUCCGAACCUGCCCUCGUUGAGCGAAGGCAAUGGUAGCGUUAAUGGCUCGCAGCUGCAGGUGCCUACCCAAAGACCCGGUCCCCAUACUCUCCAAAACCAGCGCAAUAGUACCGUGAUGAGUGGCAGCGCGAUGUCUGUCAACGGUGCGGCUCGGUCGCCGACUCCAUCCUCCCCCUAUGCACCCAGAAUUAUCUCCAUUUCCGACAACUCGUGGGUACAUCAGAAAGUCCUGCUGAUCUACGGCCAAAUCGGAGACCCCAGACAACAUCCGCUGGACGGAAGUAUCACGGUCUAUCACCACCAAGACGCCUUCCCCUCGGUCAGCUGGCCCGUCACAUCUUCCCACUUCAAAGCCCUCGUUCAUCUCGUUCCCGGUCCUAAUCGGUUACGCUUCGACUUUGUAUCCACUAAACUCUCGUCCGGUAGCACGCAUCCCGCGAUUCAUUCGUCGUGGCUCUGCGUCAACUACCUCCCGCUGGUUAACGCCCCGCCUCUACAUCUGGUCGUCCUACUGGGCAAGGACUCCGACGGAACCUUCGAUGCCACGCCGGAGAGGAAACAACGUGAGGGGAAUGGACUCGAAACUGCCAUCAAGAAGUACCGCAUGGCCGCCUACCUGUGGCAAUCGUUCACCGGCGAGCAGAUGUUCCGCAACAACUUCGGCAGGCGUUGUUUCCGUUUCGAGGAAGAAUGGCAGACCGGCACCUUGAGUCGACGGGAUAUCGCCAAUGGACAAAUGCGGAAUGAGGCCAAGGUUCACGUUGUGCGCACCGAUAAAACCGUCGCGGAGCUGAGGGAUCUGAACAUCGCCCAGCAGUAUGGCCCGGCCACGAAGAAGGAUGAGCUGUUCCGCAUUGCCAAAGACGCCGUCAGGGACCACUUCCGGCCCCAGCAAAGUCAGAAGCAGUAUGUCUCCGUUCUGCUUUUGGAUUCUCACUGGGAUACGGGCGCCCAGACUAUCACCGGCCACGCCGCGUUAGGCUCCGGCGGGGACGAUAUUAAAAUGGCCAUUUUCGGCUCUCACAGCCUGCAGAGCUAUCCCAGCAGCCUAGAAGAAGUCGUGGAUGCUUUCUCCGAUUGUACCAGGACCAACACGGACUACGUGGCGAACGACUGCGGCGAAGCAGGGUCCAGCUGGGAGUCGGCCAAUAUCGGGAUCGGGGCACACCUACACGAAGUCGGCCAUCUCUUCGGGAGCCCCCACCAAGAGUCCGGUAUAAUGCUGCGAGACUAUGUCCGCUUUAACCGGUCCUUCACUACGCGUGAGCCAUUCUCGACUCGGACGAAGCAACAGGGUCUCAAACUAUGCUUGCCUCAGGACGAAUGUGGUUGGCACCGACUGGAUGCGCUGCGCUUCCGUUUCCACCCCUGCUUCCGCCUUCCCGGGGACGCUCCCGUGAGCUCCGACGAUAGCGUCCAGGUCUGGCCUGUUGAGAACGGCAAAAUCAUGAUUACCGCCUCGUCUGGAAUUGCGUUUUUGGAACUAUAUGCAGAAGACGAUCAAGUUUGCCACAACUUCAUCGAGUAUAUCAACACUGAGUCGAGCAGCAACGGACUUCCCAAACAGAUCACGGUGACGGAGAAUGAGUUGCGGCAACGUGUGUUUGGCACCGAGAAGGAGAAGAAAAAGAAGGUCAAGAUGUCGAUCAUCUCCGGUGCGCUCGGCUGCCACACCGUGGAUUCUAUCAGCAGUUUGAAAUCCAAACUGUCUCUGGUGAAACUACCCAAGGGUCACACAGGUUAUAAAAGUAGUGCAUUGGGAUUCUCUCAGAUGGAAGGGAGUCAGCCCCAGCAGAUUUUGCUGGAUUGUUCGUUCUCAACUAAACUAUUGACCUCCAUCAAGGUUUAUCACGGAGCCGCGUUGGACGGUCUUGAGUUCUUCUAUGAAGAUGCCACCAGCCAACUCUUCGGCAACAGAGGAGGCAAACCUGGGGGCGAUGAUUUUGUGCUUGAAACUCGACGUGGAGAGAUUCUACUUGGAUUUUAUGUCCGAGCUGGGGCUUGGAUUGAUGGCAUCGAGUUCUUGACGAGUCUGGGCAGGAAGUCUGGCGUUUAUGGUAACGCUCAAGGAGGCUCAGGACACACAUUGAUCCCGCCUCUAGGUUACAAAAUUGCCGGUAUUUCAGGGUCCUGUGGGCCUUGGAUUGAUGGCUUCUCGUUGAUAAUCAUGCACUGA